GAUUGAUUAAGCAAACCAAGGCAUUACAAUUGCAUGGCCUCAUAGUCUAAUCUGAUAGUAAGCAGUAUUUUUUACCGAUGUUCGCUAGGCAAAUGGUAACGCACAUGUAUGUACAUUGUUUAUAUAUAUAAUUGGUUUAUACACAAUACUACAGAGUUAGCUACAUUUUGUUGACUGUGUAUCAAGUCCCAAAGGGAACUAAAGGUUCAGGUCUCCUCUUUUUAGUCCUCUGAGGAUCCUGAGGUUUAGGGAGUGAGUACUUCAAGAACAGUUGCCUUUCCUACUGUGAGAGGAACUAAUGCAAAUAUUGCUCUCUAAGCCCCAGGUUCCAUCAUUUCCAAGGGGGAAGGAGUGAGGCCGCCAAUUGUCUGUCUCUGGUGUGAAUGCUACUUUUUUCCAGAGAUCUUGACCAACCUGGUUACUGCAUUAAACUUGAGGGCCCCAAAUCAGAAAUAAAGAUGAGGGUUAGAGCAGUUGGAGAAGAGGAGGAAACUGCCUGUUGUGUGCUAGACACUGCUUUCUACAUGUGCUAGACACUGCUUUCUACAUGUGCUAGGCACUGCUUUCUACAUGUGCUAGACACUGCUUUCUACAUGUGCUAGGCACUGCUUUCUACAUGUGCUAGACACUGUUUUCUACAUGUGCUAGGCACUGCUUUUUCUCGUCUGCAAAAUGGAAUCACAUAUUUAAGAACUGUCGAGUAACAAAGUGAAGUGAUGAGCUUGUUUUUAUGCUUUUGUCCUCUGGAUUCCAAAAAAACCUUUGGUCCUGUUUCCACUGUGUCACGACUAGGAGAAAAUCUUGGAGCCUUCUCUUAGUUCUUGCGCCUCGUCAAGUGGAAGGAAAUUGGGACCUGAGGCGCCCCCUUGCGGUCUUUGUUGUUCUUUGCUCAGUCAACCCUCUCUGAGGCUCCUUUAAUACCUAAAAUCCCACCCCUUUCGCGGCGCGUGAAUCUCGAAUCCCGAUUGGUCGGGUGGCGAGCCGGGGCAGUGCUGAUUGGCUGGAGGCGGCCGGCCGGGGGAAACUUCCGGGAAUGUUCUGACUCCUGCGUUCCAUUGGUCCGCAUCCGGCGGCCUGGGGACCUUUGGCUCCCCCUGCGGGCGACUCGGCGGCGUGCACAGUCCGGCGGGCUGGCUGGGUGGGUGGUGGGCGAGAGGAUGGACUGAGUCCCGGAUUGUCCAGAUGAGGGUUCGGGAAGGUGUGGCUAGUGAGAUUCCAUUCCUUGGCUCUGCAUCAGUGGGGUGCUGAGGCUCGGGCAGCAUGACGACGGAGACCUUCGUGAAGGAUAUCAAGCCCGGGCUCAAGAAUCUGAACCUCAUCUUCAUUGUGCUGGAGACAGGCCGAGUGACCAAGACAAAGGACGGACACGAGGUUCGGACCUGCAAAGUAGCCGACAAAACCGGCAGCAUCAACAUAUCCGUCUGGGACGACGUGGGCAACCUGAUCCAGCCUGGGGACAUUAUCCGGCUCACCAAAGGGUACGCGUCAGUGUUCAAAGGUUGUCUGACGUUGUACACUGGCCGUGGGGGUGAUCUUCAGAAGAUUGGAGAAUUCUGUAUGGUUUAUUCUGAGGUUCCUAACUUCAGUGAGCCCAACCCAGAAUACAGCGCCCAGCAGGCACCCAACAAGACGGUGCAGAACGACAGUGGCCCUGCGGCUCCCCAGCCUACCACUGGGCCCCCUGCUGCUUCUCCAGCCUCCGAGAGCCAGAACGGGAAUGGACUGAGCACCCCGACAGGUCCUGGCGGUGGCCCACACCCGCCUCACACUCCCUCCCACCCCCCCAGCACCCGAAUUACCCGAAGCCAGCCCAACCACGCACCUGCUGGCGCCCCCGGCCCCUCCAGCAACGCCGUCAGCAACGGCAAAGAGACCCGGAGGAGCAGCAAGAGAUAGCGGUCCUUGCCCGCUUCUCGCCACCAGCCAUGAGCCGGGCGUCUGCUCGAGAGCACAGCUUUCUCCCGGGCUGCCGCCUCUGGGGAGCCAGGGGUAGGAGUGUUUUAGCCACUAAACUUCACUGAGGGUGGGUGGGCAGUGGCCUUUACCCACCCUCAGCCCAGUCUCCCCUCCUUGUCCAGCUGAAGCUGCCUGUCUCCUGGGGUUCGGGGCCAUCUGCCUCCCCUCCUUCCUGCUUAGAAACGACGGUUAGUCUGUUUCUUGAGCGUGUGAUGUGGAAGUCUAAUUGAAUCUCUCCUUCCUAAUAAAUGUUACUUUACCACUCUGUA